AUGUCUGAAUCCUUGCUCCCUGUUGUCAUAAGACAUGCAGGUAAAACCCACAAUGUCAGUGUUGACUUAAACGAACCAGGAAUCUUAUUCAAAUCGCAAAUCUUUUCGUUAACAAAUGUUCCACCAGAGAGACAAAAGGUCUUGGUCAAAGGCGGUCAGUUGAAAGAUGAUACUGAUUUGAAGACUUUAAACCUAAAACCAAAUCAAAGCAUCAUGGUUCUCGGAACUCCUGAUAGUACUGGUAUUCCUCAGAAGCCAAAGGAGAAGAUUGUUUUCCUUGAAGAUUUGGAGAAGCAAGGUAAAUUAACCGAAUUUUCUGCUGAUCCAUUGGGAUUCCAAAAUUUGGGAAACACUUGCUAUUUAAAUUCUACUUUGCAGGCGUUAAACAAUGUUGAUGAAUUGAAAGGUGCUUUACAAAAAUACGAAGGUAAUGAUGCAUUGGUCAAAGAAUUGAAGCAAACCUUCCAGAGACUUCAAAAGGGUAAAAUAUCAGGUAACGGGCGCUACAUUAUUCCUUUAUCUCUCUUAAAUUCUUUGAGAUCUAUUUUCCCGCAAUUCGCUGAACAAGAUAAUCAUGGUUAUAAACAACAAGAUGCUGAAGAAUGUUUCAGUCAAAUCUUAUCCAAUUUGAAGCUGACAUUACCAAAUGAUUUUGUUGACAAAUAUUUUGGCCUAAGAUUUAAAACUUAUCAAAAGUGUCAAGAAAAUGACCCAGAGGAUCAAGAAGUCAUUGGCUAUGAUGAAGGUAUGAAGUUGUCUUGCCAUAUUAAUAUCAACACAAAUUUCUUGAAGACUGGGUUAUCUGAAGGUACCAAGGACAUCAUAACUAAACACAAUCCACAUUUUUCCAGAGAUGCAAACUACGUGAUUGAAAGAAAAAUCACCAGAUUACCUAAGUACUUGACAGUUCAUUUUGUGAGAUUUUAUUGGAAGAGAGAAAUCAGAGCUAAGGCAAAAAUUUUGAGAAAAGUAGCGUUCCCAUUCCAAUUGGAUGUUACAGAUUUAUUGGAUGAAAGCGUUAAACCUACUAAUAUAAAGACAAGGGAUGAAAUAUAUAAAGUUGAGAAAGAGAAGGAAGAUGAAUUCAAGGAACAAAGAAGAGCUAAGAAGAUGAAACCUUCUGAAGAUAGAAGUAGACUUCUUUUAUCUAGCAAAGAAAAGUUUGAGCUUGAAGAAAAAGAAUUUCAAGAGAACGAAAAGAAAUGGUUAGGCGAAUUUUCUAAAGUUUUCCCAGAGGAUCUAGGCGAAGGUGAGGCUCCAUCGCCAUUAUAUGACUUGGUCAGUGUUAUCACUCACAAGGGUGCUUCUGCAGAUUCAGGUCAUUAUCAGGCAUUCACUAGAAACGAAAAGGAUCUCACUGGUAAUAGCUGGUGGUACUUUAAUGAUGAUAAGGUUUUGAAUGUCACCAAAGACAAGAUUGAGUCUUUAGCUGGUGGUGGUGAAAGUGAUAAUGCUUUGAUUUUAAUUUACAAGGCUAGUGGUUUAUGA